AUGUUUUCGUUUUUUCCACUAAUCUAUGCAGCAAGGAGUCAUAGUGCUGAGGCAUUUCUGCCGUACGGCAGCCGAUUGCGGCAAAAAACGCUGAUGAGAAGAACAGUCACAACUCCCAACCUUCAUCGAUCGACGGUACCUUCGGCUCGAUCCACGGUACGCUCGGCAACCACACGGAAACACGGAAAACCCACGAUCCAACAGCGUCCAAAAACUCAGGGUGGCAAAUCAUUCAGUAAUAUUCCAAGCAACAUCCCUGAGGAACAAUUUGCUUAUUUGUCCACAUCAAACCACCUAAGAAGGUUAUUAUUCAAUGAGCCAGUUUGCAGCCCGAGACAGUCAGCUUCCUUCAGCGUAAAGGAGAAGGCCGUGGAGGAUUUAUCUGAGGAAAUCUGCCUUUUGAAGAAAAAGAUAGCCUAUCAGAAUGCGGAAAACCAAGCGCUGACCGCUCGCUGCCGCCAGCUGAAUGAUUCGCUAGCAAAGAAGGAAAAAGAACUGGCUCAGCUAAAUGACCCGGCCGAAAAUGCCAAACUUUUACAGACUCUUGGUGAUAACAGGCCACAAACAAUGCGAACCUUCCGAUUGUUGCAUCAGCGUAUCUAUCGUUUGGAACAGCGGUUACAAGAAAAGGAGAGUGAAUACAAUCGGCUGGUUACAGAUAUGAAGUUCACACGAAUCGAUGAGCUACAAAUUCAGCUUGAAGCAACUAUUGCAGAGGUCCGUCGACUUCAAAAAGAAAACAUCACGUUAUCCGAAAAUCUGCGUCAGCUUACUACUGAACGACAAAGCAAGUCACGCAAAACGGUGGAUGAUUCGGAAAGGCGCGAUUUACUUACUCGCAUAUCUACCAUGGGACGAGUUAUCAAAGGGCUGAAUGAUGAGAAGCAGGAGUUGGUAUCCAAGAAUCAACAUUUGCUCAUUAGAGUGCAACAAAUUCUACGCAAUGAUGACUUUCCGAAUGAUGAUAUUGAACAAGUCACAGACAAUGCCCCGAAGAAAAAAAAAGCACUCUUUGCGACGAAAGUGAAUGAAGACAUGGUCGCACAACCUGAGUCUAUUCAGCGUAAGUUUGAAACUCCUGGAUCGCGUGUGAACGGGGAUGCUGCUACUCCGGUCGGAAACUUCGAUAGCUCGCCUGUGCCGGAACAGAGCAUAUCGAGAACUGCACAGAUUCCUGUUUCGGAGAAGGAGGAACACUCAGCAGUCAUCAUCCAACACGCUUGGCGUGCCCACAAAAAAUUACAUUCAUCCAAAUUACAGGAGAUCCAGGGGAAUGAAGAGAUGACCAAGGUCGAAUCGGAGGAUAUCAGUGCAAUUCAAACAUCGGGAAACCCAACCAACCAAACCAAAGAAGGAAAAGACGGCGAGUCAGAGGCAAGCACAUUCAUAACUGACGAAGAGGAGGUGCUACCCGGCAUUCCAUACACUCAGAGUUCAGCGGAGAAUGGACUUCACACAGGGGGGCGUAGGUCGUUUAGUUCAGUUCAAACAUUGGAAGUCGAUGAAGAAUUUGAAUCAGACGAAAGCGCAAAUUAACCGGCUUUUCAAUCAUUCCUCCAAGCAGCAUUUCCUAGAGGACUGAUCAUCUAGAUUAUACCUUGUUUGAGUCAUUACUGGGCAAAAGGUCAUCCAUAUAUCUCUACACUUUGGAAUACAUUUCAAAAGCAACAUAUUUUAUCGUAAAAGGAUUUGAGAUUUUCAAGAAUAUAAAUUUAC